AUGGAUAGUUUUAAUAAUAAUAAUAAUAAUAAUAACAAUAAUAACAAUAAUAAUAAUAAUAUUAAUGGUGAGGGAAUUACGCUGAGAACCCUAUUAAAUUCAUGUACCAAUACUAGUAGUAAUGAACAACUAAUUGUAAAUAAUGUAAAUAAAAACUCAAAUAUAAUCAAUAAUAUAAAUAUAAAUAAUACACCAUCACCAAUUUCGACAUGUAUAAAUGUAAAUAAAAUAGAAUUAAGGGGUAGUAGUAAUGGAAUAUUUUUAAAUAGUAAAAUUAAGGUACCAUUACCAAAUUCAACAUUGCUGGAACAACAACAAGAUGGUGCUGAUGAACAAGAUAAAAAACAACAAUCUCUUUCUGAUAAAAAUAUACUGUUUUCAAGUGGAGAUAAAGAAUUUUUAAAUCAUGGUUCAAAUAAUAUCAUAACUGACCAAAAUACAUUAUUAUAUCAACUUCAACAACAACAACAAAAAGAAAAAGAAAAAGAAAAUGAUGAAAUUAUGAACCAUGAUGAUAUAAUAGGGUAUAAUGAAGAGAAUGAAGAUAACUUUUUCAAUGAAGGUAUGGAUCCGAUAUUGGCUCAUUCAAUUGAACAUCAUCUUCAUAAUCAUCAUCAUCAUCAUGGUGAAUUUGAUACUCAAGAAAAUGAAGAUACCAGUGGUGAAUCAAGUGAUGAAUCUGAAAACAUUGAUGAGGUAUUGGUCUAUACUGAAGAUAUUGAAUCAGAGAAAGAGAAAAAAAGAGAAAGACUUAUUACAUCUCCACCAAGUUUUGAUCCACAUACAUUAUAUUCAAUGUCACAAUCAUUAUUAAAUUGCAGUUUAAAUAAUAAUAAUAAUAAUAAUAAUAGUAUAAGUUCACCUUCUUCUUCAAUAAAUAAUAGUGGUAAUAAUAUUAACUUAAAUAAUAGUGGUAAUAAUAAUGUAAAUAGUAAUAAUAAUACCAAUAUUAUUAAUAAUAGUAAUGAUAAUUUUAUAUCACAACCAUUAUUUAAUCCAUUAUCAAUGCCAAACAAUGAACAAUAUGAAUUAUUACCAAACCCAACUACAACAACAUCAACAAUAACAUCAACAACAACAACAACAACAAUUACAAAUUUACCACCUGCUUUACCAUCAUUUCCAUCGUCAUCUUCAAUUAAAAGUUUAAAGAAUAGUUUUGGUAGUAAUAGUAUAACAAGUAGUGGUGAAUUAAAUAAUGUAUUUUCAUCAUCUAUGUCACCACCAAUGUCACCACCAAAUCGUAAUGUUAGAAGUUUAACUUUUCCUGGUACAAAUCCAAUAAAUUGCAUAAAUACAAGUGUUAUAAAUUCAAUUACAGCGAAUACAAAUUGUAUCAAUCAUCAUCAUCAUCAUCAUCAACACAAUCAUCAUAAUCAUCAUCAAGGUCAUAAUAAUAUCAAUAAUAGUGGUCACAUUAGAAAGAGUGCAGAUGAUACAGUUACAUUAUCACCAACAUUAUCAUCAGGAUCAUCAUCAACAUCAUCAUCAAAUCCACAUCAUCCAAAUCAUAAUCAUCAAAAAGGUUUAAACAAUAAAACAUUGGAGAAAUUAAGUUGUACUAGAAAAGAGAUUUAUGAAUUAAUAGAGAAAAAAGAAUCAUUAAUUGAGAAACAAAAUCUAAUUGAUGAAGGUUAUUCAGAGAAUGCUGAUAGUUUUGAAAAUCUUUCAGAAGAAAUUCAAAAAAUCAAUGAAAAAAUUAUUGAAUUGGAAAAUUUAAUAACAUCACUUUCAAAUAGUAAUAGUAAUUGGAGCCUUAAUGGAAGUAGUACUAGUACAAUAAGUUGUAAUCCUCUCUCACCAAGAUCAAUGAAUCCAUCAUCAUCAACCUCUUCCACUUCUUCAAAUUUAACAAAUUCAUUAAGAAAGUUUUCACAAGAAUUAAAAAUUGAACUUAGACCAUUGGAUUUAAGAGCUGAAUUAUAUAGUAGUAUAAAUACUUCUCCACGCGGUAGUGCAAGUAUUAGUGGUGGUAGUGGUAGUGGUGGUGGUGGUAAUAAUAAUGGAUGUUUUAAAACAUCAUCAAACUCUUCAAUAAAUAGUCCAAUACAAUUCUUUGAGAAUGAAAAUGAAUCAAUUGAUUCUUAUGAAAAAAAGAAUGAAGAACAAUUUGAAUCAUUAACUCAAUUGAUACGAGAGAAUCAACUUUAUACAAAACCAAUUGAAUUUAAAGAAAUUAAAUUAUUGGAGAAAUUAGAAUCAAAUUCAAAAUCAAGUAAUAUUUGGCAAAUUGAAUAUAAAUCAACUCAAUUAGUAUUAAAACAACCAAAAGAUCAAGAUUCUGAUAAAAAUAUUGAAAAAAGAAAACAAUUAUUUAAUGGUAGUAAUGUUAGUGGAAGUAAUAAUAGUGGCAGCAGUGGUGGUAAUAAUCAUAAUCAUCAUCAUUGUAAUAAUAGUAAUGGUAGUAAUAGUGAAGUUAUACCAAGUAAAUAUACAAUGAUUCAACAUAAAAAUCUUGGAUUAUUAGUUGGUUGGUGUGGUGAUUCAAUUAUUUUUGAAAGUUUUAAAGGUAUGAAUUCAUUACAUGACUUAAUUCAUAGGGAUGGUUUAAAGAUUGAUAUGGCACUAUUUAUAAAGAUAAGUAAGGACAUUGCAAGCGUUAUGGGAUUAUUACAUUCAAAAGAUGUUGCACAUGGUAAUUUAACAAGUAGGUCCAUUUAUCUUGAUAGAUUUCAAAUUGUAAAAGUAUCAUUCCCAAAGUUGAAUGCUACCGAUUUAAAUAAUCCAGCCAUUGAACCAAGAUAUAUGGCACCGGAAAUGACAAGAAUGGAAGAGGAUCAAAUAUCAUGUUCAAUCGAUGUCUAUGCCUAUGCCUUUGUUUUAUGGGAGGCAUUGACUUCGCAUUUACCAUUUAGAAAAUUCAAUGAUAUCUCUGUGGCUGCCAAAGUCGCCUAUGAAAAUCUAAGACCAAAGAUACCAACUUCAUGUCCAUUGAUCAUCCGUAAACUAAUUAAUAGAUGCUGGGCUCCUCUACCAAGUGAUAGACCAACUUUCAAUGAUAUCUUAAAACUUUUCGAUCAUUUGGAGGGAAAAUUAUUCUUUUCUUCACCAGGUAUACUUUGGUCGUUAAAUAAUGAUCAAGAGGUGGAGAGAGAACUUCAAAAGAAAGAGCGUUUCAAUGAAAUUACAGAGUUUUUACGUGGAAAGAAAGAAAUUAAAUUUGAUGAAGUUGCCAUCGUUGAAAAGGUUGGUGCCGGAAGUUUUGCAAAUGUUUUCCUUGGUAUUUGGAAUGGUUAUAAAGUUGCCAUCAAAAUAUUAAAGAAUGAAAGUAUUUCCAAUGAUGAAAAAUUCAUAAAAGAAGUUUCAAGUUUAAUUAAAUCUCAUCAUCCAAAUGUUGUCACUUUUAUGGGUGCCUGUAUUGAUCCACCAUGUAUCUUUACAGAGUAUCUUCAAGGUGGUUCUCUUUAUGAUGUUUUACAUAUUCAAAAAAUUAAAUUAAAUCCAUUAAUGAUGUAUAAAAUGAUUCAUGAUUUAUCUUUAGGUAUGGAACAUCUUCAUUCAAUUCAAAUGUUACAUAGAGAUUUAACAAGUAAAAAUAUUUUAUUGGAUGAAUUUAAAAAUAUUAAAAUUGCAGAUUUUGGAUUAGCAACAACUUUAAGCGAUGAUAUGACAUUAAGUGGUAUAACUAAUCCACGUUGGAGAAGUCCAGAGCUAACAAAAGGAUUGGUGUAUAAUGAAAAAGUUGAUGUAUACAGUUUUGGUUUGGUGGUUUAUGAAAUUUAUACUGGUAAAAUACCAUUCGAAGGUUUGGAUGGUACUGCAUCUGCAGCUAAAGCUGCAUUUGAAAAUUAUAGACCUGCAAUCCCACCCGAUUGUCCAGUGUCCCUUAGAAAAUUAAUUACAAAAUGUUGGGCUUCCGAUCCUUCACAACGUCCAUCAUUUACCGAAAUUUUAACAGAAUUAGAAACAAUGAAAUCAAAAUUCAUUAAACAACUUAGUUUCUUGAAUGAUUUAAUUCAAAAUCCAGAUGAUGAUUAUAAUAACAAUUUAAAUUAUGAUGAAGAGGUUGAUAGUUAG